UCCACGGCUUCCAAAACGCGGCCUUAUGUUAAACGGCCUAUUGAUUCAAAAAGCAGCGUAUCCUCUGCUAACGUCUCUCUGGGGAGAAACAUUGGGAACCCUAGAAUCGAUCAAUCUACAAUGGAGAUGACGGAGGAGCAGAGGCAAAGGGCCGAAGCCAACCGCCUCGCCGCUCUAGCUAAGCGCAAGGCGCUCGUAGAGGCCGCCGAGAACCGCCAGCCCUGGAAGCUGUUCAAGUGCCGCAAAGUCCUCACCGGACAAGCCGCCUCCGAUUGCCCGUAUGAGGAGAAGUUUCGUGCCCGGCUCGAGAUAUGCUCUCCCGAUUCCUUCUCCGUCACGACCGAGGCUAUUGAGGGUUUCAGCUACCCCGGGGAGGCUGCCUGCAUACAGAAACUAAAUGAAUGCCUCUCAACUGUUGAAUUCUCACACUAUACACAAAACCGCAGUGGUGGAAAAGCUUGUGUGUAUAAACUUGGGGACUAUGAUGCUGUUCUUAGAUGUUUGAAGAGUUAUAAGGGUGUUGAAAUUGAAGAAAUACCCUGGGGAACUCUUAAUGUUGUUGGGAGGCUUUCACACUCCUCAGUUGAAGGGAGGUGGAUGCCAUGUAGGCCAGAACACUUGCCUGAUGAGAAAGUUGAUGAAUUGAUUAGCAAGCUUCCAAGAACAUUGCUAGAUGCACUGCUGCCUUUCCAACUUGAAGGGUUGAGAUUUGGAUUACAAAGAGGUGGUCGGUGUCUCAUUGCGGAUGAAAUGGGACUUGGAAAAACACUUCAGGCAAUUGCAAUAGCUUGCUGUUUUAUGAGUGAAGGUCCUAUACUUGUUGUCUGCCCAGCUAUUUUGCGAUUUUCAUGGGCAGAAGAACUGGAACGUUGGCUUCCCUGUUGUUUGCCUUCUGAUAUCCAUCUUGUUUUUGGUCGUGAAAAUAACCCCAUUCAUUUAACAAGAUGUCCAAGAGUUGUGGUUAUUUCUUAUACAAUGCUUAACCGCUUGCAAAGGAGCAUCUUAGGGCAAGAGUGGGCUUUGUUGAUUGUUGAUGAAUCACAUCAUGUGCGCUGUACAAAGAAAUCAUCUGAACCUGGGGAGAUACAAGCUGUCCUUGAUAUGGCAACAAAGGUCAACCGCAUAGUUCUAUUGUCUGGCACGCCUUCGUUGUCAAGGCCGUUUGACAUUUUCCAUCAGAUAAAUAUGCUCUGGCCUGGUUUGCUGGGGACAAACAAAUAUGAAUUUGCAAAGACAUAUUGUUCUCCCAAGUUGACAAGGGGUCAUCAAGGAAAAGUUUUCCAGGACUUCUCAAAAGGUGUUCGCUUGGAGGAGUUAAAUGUGUUACUGAAGCUGACUGUUAUGAUUAGACGCUUGAAGAAGCAUGUGCUUGGGCAGUUGCCACCCAAACGACGUCAGAUUAUAGGUUUGCAGUUGAAGAGAUCAGACAUUAUUUUGGCAAUGGUUGUUUAUGGGGAAGUGGAAACUGAUGCUUCAAGAAAUGAUGUGUCAGAACUGGAACUGUCUAAAAUUUCUGAUGAACCUGGUGGGAGUGGCAGCAAUCACAAAUCAUUGAGGAUGCUUUCUGAGAAGGAGGUAGGUAUUGCGAAGUUGUCAGGAUUCUUUGAGUGGCUCUCCAUGCACCCAAUCUUUGCAGAGGCAGAUGGUGCCAAUAAUCCAGAACCUAGCCCCAAAAUGAUAAUAUUUGGUCAUCACCACAAGGUUCUUGAUAGAGUGCAGGAGUUUGUGUGUGAUAAAGGUAUUGGGUUUGUCCGCAUUGAUGGGAACACGCAGCCCAGAGAUAGGCAGUCAGCUGUCCUUUCAUUCCAGUCAUCAAAAGAGGUUAAAAUUGCAAUAAUUGGAAUCAUGGCUGCGAGUGUUGGACUUGAUUUCUCAUCUGCACAGCAUGUUGUGUUCUUGGAACUGCCUCGGGACCCAUCUCGUCUGCGGCAGGCUGAAGAUAGAGCUCAUAGGCGAGGACAAACCAAAGCUGUCAAUGUUUAUAUUUUCUGUGCAAUGGAUACUUCAGAUGAUUCACGAUGGCAAUACCUUAACAAGAGUUUGUGUCGUGUUUCAUCUACCACAGAUGGGAAGUAUGAGGCAAUACGAGAGAUAGAGGUUGAAAGUAUAUCUUAUUUAGAGCCAAAUGAAAAAACAGCUGGAAAUUCUGAAAAUCCAAGUUCAAGAGGAGCAACGCAGACUAGUGCCUCUGAUGUAGAAAUAAAGCAGCAUUUUACAUGUUCUAGCUCUAGUCCAGAUUUAUUGCCUGUGGAAGAAUAUGGAAUAACCGAAAUGAAUAAUCAUAAAACUCGUGAACAGAAUGAAACUGGUGGCAGUUCAUUGCAAAAUGAUAAUUUACAUGACAAGGCUGACAUGGUGUCUGAUACAAGUCUCUGGAAACAUGCUGAAGAGGGCGGUGAAGACAAGGAUCAGUUGGAAGAGGGAGAUAAUUCAAUUUCUGAUGGAUCUGUUGCACUGAAUGAAGCUGAUUCAAGUUGCUCUUUCCAGGCAGAAUGUCUCCGUUUUGAGGUGAGCCAGUAUACUGGAAGGAUCCAUUUAUACUCUUGCAUUCCUGGAAUAGAUUCAAGACCAAGACCGCUUUUUGAAAAUUUUCGACUCGAGGAACUCGAGUCACCAAAUCUUAAUCCAGCAUAUAGGCAUGCCCUUCUGGAAUUUGUCAGCGAUUGGAAUAAUCUCAGGCCUAUUGAUCGAAGCAAGUUGCUUGUCAAGCCUCUACAGUUACCUCUAUCCAUUGAGUUGUGCUAUUUGAAGGAAAACCUUAAUCACAAUACCGGGGGAUUACUGAAAGGGAGAAGCAAGAGACGGACCACACCUUUGAAUGAGAUUAGCCACCAGUUACCAUCAAAUGCUGUAUGGAAGAAGGUCUGUCUCCGUGGUGGUUAUGGUAAAAAGGAGAAAGAGUAUACUCAGGGUUGGACUGUCACAGGCGAUCCACUCUGCAAGCUCUGUCAAAAUCCCUGCAGGGGCAAAAAUGCCAAGGGACCUGAAUUCCUCGAGGAUCUUUUUUGUAAACUGAGUUGCUAUGAAGAAUAUCGGUUAAGAACUAGCAAGAGAUUCCUCCGUCAGGAGCUUUUUGAAAUUGAACGAGGCAUUUGCACAAAAUGCAAAUUGGACUGCCACCAACUUGUGGAGCACAUAAGACCUUUAUCCUAUGAAAAGCGGCAGAAGUAUAUUGAAAAGGUAGCACCAAAAUUGGCUGGACGGAAGAAAUUGCUUGAAAAGCUUGUACAUGAUCCAACUGAAGGCAAUGCAUGGCAUGCGGACCACAUUGUACCUGUCUACCAAGGGGGAGGUGAAUGCAGGCUAGAGAACAUGAGGACCCUCUGUGUGGUAUGUCAUGCUGAUGUUACUGCUGCACAGUGUGCUCAACGGCGCUCAGCAAGGAUGAAUGCCAGGAAACAACUCAAAGUCCUUGUUGAUCACCUCAGGAAUAUUCAAAAACCAGAACAAACUGAAUCUACUAAGGACCAGGACAAUGCGAUGGACGAGGAGCUCUUAGUCAAGGUCCCUGGUAGUGCAUAUUCUGGAUCACCAAAUGGUGUCACUAGAACUGAAGAGGAUGAAAAGUCUCCAAAUCCAAAUCCCCAAGGAUCCAAGGUAACAGCAGGUAGUUCUCAACCAUCUUAAGCAGUUAUUGCGAACCUUGCUUUGGAGAAGCAUCAGGUAGCUGGAGAUUCAGAAGGCAUGAAGAAGAAGAUUAUAUUUACCUGUAUCCUGUAGUUUUGUUGAGCAGGGAAAAGCUUCCUGCUCAAGUAGUUUUGGUUUACCAUCAUCAUCUUAAUCAAGGUCCAAUUCUUUUUGGGAAUCCUUAACAGGCCCAAUCCUAUUGGCCUCCUUCAGUGGCCCAAUUCUUUUUGGGAUCACAAGACCCAACACAACACCCCUGCAAAUGUAAAUUUCGCCAAAGCAUCCAAUGAUUUAUUUUUGGUAUUUUGAGCUCGUGUUAUUUAAAAAGGAAAACAUAUUUUUUACCUAACAGUGCAUCGUUUAAAAGAACAACUCGUGAAGACCCAAAUUAUCAAAAUUAAAGUAUAUAAUACAGAAGAAUAAUACUAAGACGUC